GGGACUUGUUAACGCUCUGUAAGAAAUGAAUGUGUAUUUUAAAUUAGGAAGGAAAAAGGGGUCAUCAGUUUGGAUUUACUUUUGUGGGAUUUAGCUGAGUUUCAAUCAGUGCUUAUGCUUUAACUGUUUUAUUAGCUUUCUAGAGUUUGUAAGAGAUUUCAGUGGCGGGAAUUUUUUGAGAUUUUUCUUAAUUUACUUUCAACAUAUGGGUUGUUGCAACAUUUUUGCUGAGCAAUGCGGGUUAUUGAUUCUCUGGAGUUUAGUCAGUCCUCUUUCAAGAAAAGAAGUCUUGUAGUUGUUUCUUUAAAAGAAUCCAGAUUAAAAUAUUUGCUUUUCUGUUGUUGAGUGGAUUUGAAGCAAAAUUGAGAAAUGUGAAGCCCAUGCCUUUUGUUCAUUAGGUGGAUAAAUUUGUGUUCUAUUGGAUCUGUGGAGCACUGGAGCUACCAGUAGAACUUAGCUAGCAUUGUUAAAUGUUGAGAUUUUUAGCUCCGGUUUAGUCAAGGCUUAAUAAUCUCUUGUUCUCUGGUUGGACUAUUGUGCAGGUGCGACAAUUCUUUGAUCUUUUGAUGGAUUAAUUAGGUCAUUGAGAUGGAUAAGAAAAAAUGGUUGUGGAAGAGAAAGUCUUCAGAGAGGAGCCCUGGGGAGACUGAUAGCUCCGGGUCAAUAUCAUCAAAUUCGGAAAGAUAUUCAGAUGAGCAGGAAGAAGUCAAGAGCUAUCCAAAUCAUAGCAUUGAAUCACCAGAAGUCACCUCCAAAGUUUUAAUUUCUGACGAUGAGGUUGCAGAGAGUGUAAAGAAUCUCACGGCAAAGUUAUCAGCUGCGCUUGUGAAUGUCAGUGUGAAAGAAGACCUGGUUAAGCAACAUGCCAAAGUAGCUGAAGAAGCUGUAGCGGGCUGGGAAAAGGCUGAAAAUGAAGCAACAAUUUUAAAGCAGCAGCUUGAUACAGCUGUGCAGCAGAAUUUGGCUCUAGAAGUUCGGGUGAACCAUCUGGAUUGUGCUCUGAAGGAAUGCGUCAGGCAAUUAAGACAAGCAAAAGAUGAGCAGGAACAAAAGAUUCAAGAUGCUGUAGCUCAGAAAAGUAGUGAAUUCGAAACAAUAAAGGCCCAGCUUGAGAACCAGAUUUUGCAGCUUGAGACAAAUAUACAGGCUUCAGUUGCUCAAAAUUCUACAUUUGUAGAUCCAGAAAUUCUACAGAAGAUGGACUUUUUGGAGAAAGAAAACUCAGUUCUUAAGUUUGAACUUGACUUCCACAAUGAAGAGCUACAGAAAAGGACAAUUGAGAGGGACUUGAGCACACAAGCUGCAGAAGCAGCUAGCAAGCAGCAACUUGAAAGCAUAAAAAAGAUAGCCAGGCUUGCAGCUGAGUGCAGAAGGCUGCAAAGUGUUAUUCGAAAAUUAUCAACAACCAGCAACAAUAAGUCUGCAGCUUCAUCUGUUUCUGCUGAGUCUGUUACUGGAAGUCAAACAGACAGUGUAGACCAUAUCAUCAUAAUGAAAGAUGCUAGUGCCCACAAGUUGAGCAAAUUGGAGCCUAAUGAGUUUGAAAGAAACCAUUCUGAUUCAUGGGCAUCAGCUUUGAUUGCUGAAUUGGAUCAAUUUAAGAAUGACAAAGUCAAGUCAAAGGAUUUUCUAGGGUCAUCUGCUAAAAUUGAUAUGAUGGACGAUUUUCUUGAAAUGGAGCGACUUGUUGCAUCACCACAGCCUCAAAAUGGACACAAAUAUGUUGAAUCAGAAACAACCGCAGAUGAGUUGAGUAUUGAGAAACACUCAAAAGGGGAGCUUGAAACCAUGAUCCAUCGAUUGUCCAAUCUUGAGGAGAGACUGGGAAUGAUAGAAGAAGAAAAAAAUGAACUAGAAGAGAGACUGGGAACAAUAGAAGAAGAAAAAACGGAACUAGAGGAAAGACUGGGAUUGAUAGAAGAAGAAAAAACUGAACUAGAAGAGAGACUGGGAACGACAGAAGUAGAAAAAACAGAACUACAAGAGAGAAUGGGAAGCAUAGAAGAAGAAAAGAAACAGUUGGAGCAUGAGUUGAGUGAGAGCAAAGAUUCACUUAUGGCAUCGCAAGCACAAUUGACAGAAACUGAAAUCCGCCUGAAAGAUUUGCAGAAAGAGCUUCAACUCGUAAGCGAAGCAAAAGAACUUCUCGAGUUUCAACUUAUAGGGAUUGAAGUUGAAGCCCGAAGUCUCAAAGCUAAUGUUGAUACCCUAACUAUUGAAGUUCAGAAGGAGAAAACUUUUGCAUCUGAAAUGGCAGUAAAAUGUGAAGACUUAGAGAAGGAGCUUUUGAGAAAGUCUGAAGAGAUUGUGCUCCAGCAAACAGCAAAUGCCAAUAGUGAUUUGAAAAUAAAGCAGGAGGACUUAGUAGUAGCAGCUGAUAAACUUGCAGAGUGCCAGCAAACAAUUGCAUCCCUGGGAAGGCAACUAAAGUCGCUCGCAACCUUGGAAGACUUCCUGAUAGACACUUCAAAUCUACCAGGAUUUUCUGGGAACAAGCAUCUGGUUCCUGUUUCAAGUUCUGAAUUUAAUAGGUUAAAGAGUGAAUCAGGCACUUCCAGCAAGCCCGGGAAUCUUACCAGUCUUUCAAAAAAUGGUGCCGGAGGAGAAUCACCGACAUCAUCAUCAUCUUCAUCAAAUUCAUCUGCUAACAAUAUAACUGGAUCCCAGGGUAGGAAUAACUUUACGCGGCUUUUUUCUCGAAGUAAGGGUGGCAAUCAAGUUGAAAGUCAUCAUCAUAUAGAAUAGCUUAUAGUUGGAGGAAAGAAGCUAAAAAGAAAGAGUAUCUGAUUGUUUUAUAGCUUUGCUGAUUAAAUUCUGUUUAAUUGGCAUACAUUUACAUUAUGAUGGUCCUGCAAUUUGUGCUCCCAGUUUUUGUGUCUUCAUUUUGAUAGGAUCAUAGAUCUUCCUACUAACAAAAUGAGAGCUUCGUAGCAGAUUAUUCGUCUUUGUACUAAGAAAAUACUUGAAACAGUUUUUAAGUCUAGAUGAAGAGAGUAUUUUCACCCGGAAUCUUGAACCCC